GAGUCAGAGGCGGAAGGAGCAGAGUGCAUGCUGGGAAAACACGUGUGAGGAGGUUAGAUAAGGCGGCGCUGUGCUCUCCCCCAACAUGUCGUCCAGGAAGGAGCAGGCCGACGAUGAGCGGUUCCGUCGGGUCCAGAAGGACCCCAGGUUCUGGGAAAUGCCAGAGAAAGAACGCAAAGUCAAGAUCGACAAACGUUUCCAGUCCAUGUUCCACGACCGGCGCUUCCAGACGAAGCAGACGGUGGACAAGAGAGGACGACCCGUCCAGCUGUCCACCGCCGCCGACCUGAGGCGCUUCUACCAGCUGGAGGAGGAAGAGGACAAAGAGGAGGAGGAGGAAGAGGAGGAGGAUGACGUUCAGGUCCAGGGACAGAAGAAGAAGCAUCUCGGACGAGGAAGCAGAGCAGCAGAAGAAGAUGAUGACGAGGAGGAGCAUCAGUCAGGAGAUGAUGAUGAUGAUGAUGAUGAUGAUGAUGAUGAUGAUGAUGAUGAUGAUGAAGAGUCCGGUCUGGACUCUGACGAUGACAGCGGACCGGAUCUGGCCCGAGGAAAAGGAAACAUGGAGACCAGCUCUGAUGAAGACGAGGAUGAUGAUGAUGUGGACGACAUCCUGAGGAAGGAGGAAGAGCAGAUCGAACACGACUGGGGGGAGCUGUGCAGAGACGCUCGGCGGAGCGAGGAGGUUUCUGCUCGGCUCGCCGUCUGUAACAUGGACUGGGAUCGAAUGAAGGCCAAAGAUCUGCUGGCUCUGUUCAGCUCCUUCGUACCUAAAGGGGGCGCUGUGCUGUCUGUGAAGAUUUUCCCGUCAGAGUUUGGGAAGGAGAGGCUGAAGGUGGAGGAGACGCAGGGACCGCCGGAGCUGAAGGUGCUGCCAGACGAUUCGGAGAACGAGACGGAGGAAGACAGGGUCUACAGGGAGAAGCUGCGGGAUUAUCAGUUCAAGCGUCUCAAGUAUUUCUACGCUGUGGUGGAAUGCGACUCUGUGGAGACGGCGGUGAAGAUCUACGAGGAAUGCGACGGCUUCGAAUACGAGAGCAGCUGCUCGGUUCUGGACCUCCGUUUUGUUCCUGAUGACGUGACAUUUGACGAGGAGCCCAGAGACGUGGCAACGGACAUCAACCUGACGGCGUACACGCCCAAGCUGUUCACCUCCUCCGCUGUCGCCUCCUCCAAGGUGCAGCUGACGUGGGACGAGACGGACCACGAGCGCGUCACGGCUCUGAACAGGAAGUUCAACAAAGAGGAGCUGCUGGACCUGGACUUUAAGGCCUACCUGGCCUCCUCCAGUGAGGAAGACGAAGAUGAAGAGCAGGAGGAGGAGGCAGGCGGAGAAGAGACGAUUGGAGAGGAGAUGGAGGAGAAACCUCAGGAGACACAGAAGAAGAAGAGGAGCGAGGAGCAGAUCAGUAAAUACAGAGAGCUGCUGAAGAACAUCCAGAGCAAAGAGAAGAGGCAGCAGGAGGACAUGGAGAUGGAGAUCAGCUGGGUUCCAGGUCUGAAGGAAACAGCGGAGCGGCUGGUGAAGAAGAAGCUGGAGGCCAAGGACCAGCUGACGCCCUGGGAGGAGUUUCUGCAGAAGAAGAAGGAGAAGAAGAAGCAGAAGAAAAGUGAAAGAAAGCAGGGAGCAGAAGAAGAGCUCAGUGACGACGAGCUUCCUCCUGAUGUCGACCUCGGCGACCCGUUCUUCUCAGACGAGCUCGGACCGUCAGACAUGAAGAAGAAACAGAAGAAGAAGAAACGAGAGGAAGAGCAGAUUACGGCUGAGGAGGAAGAGGAGCGGCAGAAACAGAAGGCCCAGAUGGCUCUGCUGAUGGAGGAUGACGAGGAUGAAGCCAAACACAAACACUUUAACUACGACAAGAUCGUAGAGCAGCAGAACCUGAGCAGGAGGAAGAGGAAGAAGCUGCUGAGGAAGGGCGAAGCGCCGCUGGAGGACGACGGCUUCCAGGUGGACGUCUCCGACCCGCGCUUCCAGGCCGUCUUCACCUCCCACCUGUUCAACCUGGACCCGUCCCACCCCGGCUUCAGGAACACCAGAGCCACGCGGAACAUCCUGGAGGAGAAGCAGCGGCGCCGGCGCCGCCAGGCCACGGGGCCUGGCGGCGGACGGGAGGGGGCGGAGCCUGGCGGCGGACAGGAGGGGGCGGAGCCUGGCGGCGGACAGGAAGCAGCCGAAACCGAGCGGGAAUUGGACUCAAAGAAGGCGAUGGAUCCAAGUCUGUCGCUGCUCAUUAAAUCCAUUAAGAGCAAAACGGAGCGGUUCCAGGCCCGGAAAAAACAGAGAGUGACCUAGUUCCUCCUGAAGGCGGACCCACUUCCUGGUUCUGAUCGGCCCGUUCUGAUCUGGACAGCAGCCAUUUUGAAUGUUUUAUUAUUAAAUCUUUCAUCUCAAACUGAAUCAUUAUUAAAAAAAUGAAACAUC